GCCGCCCGUUUGCUUGUGGCGAGAGCCCGGGUUUGAGGUGUUCGGGCUGAGCGCGGUGACGGGCUCCGAGCCCGGGAGGAAGAACGACCUGGUGCUGGGAGUGAGCGGCGGCGGAGGGGGAGGGGGAGGGCGGCGGCGGCCCGAGAGCCCACAGCGGGUCAUCUACUUCCCGGGAGAUGUGCAGAAUUACCGGGAGCUGAUGGCCCGCCACGCAGAGAAUGCCCGCUGGCAGCAAUGGAGCCUGGAGGACACGGCUGCCCUGCUCCUGCGGAGAUUCCCCAGCAGCCACGUCUGGAUUGUGAAGGCUUCCCGGAUGCACCUGCACAAGUUCAGCUGCUACGACAACUUUGUGGAGAGCGAUCUGUUCGGGGCGCCCAAGCACAGCCCGGACUACGGUGCCUUGGGACACCUCCGCGCACUGCUGAGCAAUGCUUCCAAGCAGAGCCGCAGCCUCCUGUGUACUGGGCGGACCGACCGGAGAGUGUCCACAGCCCCAGCCCAGCCUGGAGCCAACACCUCCGCUCAGACCCCAAACGGGAUAGCAGCACCGAGCGGGACGGAUACCGGGAGAGCGCGUGAGAAAGGCGGUGAUGCACCACUCAGGACAAUCCUGAUCGGGUUCAGUAAGGGCUGCGUGGUUCUCAACCAGCUCCUGCACGAGCUGAGUGAAGCCCAGAAGGACGAGGAGCUGGCAGCCUUCAUUCAGACCAUCAGCCAAGUGUACUGGUUGGACGGAGGCCAUGCCGGGGGAAGCAACACGUGGGUUACCAGCCCUGAGGUCCUGCAGGAGUUGGCUCGGACUGGGAUCCCUGUGCAAACUCACGUUACUCCUUACCAAGUGAGGGACAGCAUGAGGGCUUGGAUUGGGAAGGAACACGAGAAAUUCGUCCGGCUCCUUAGAGAGCUCGGUGCAAACGUAACAGACCAACUUCACUUUGAGAAUCAGCCUCCCUCUCUGAAAAACCACUUUCAGGUCCUCAAAAUGUUCUGAGUGGAAUCUAAGUGUUCCUUCCCAAUUGGAAUGGCAGAAUUACUCCUGAAAACAGUUUCCUGACAUCCAUGAAGUUGGUGGAUAAAUAGACUUGGGUGAAUCUGUGUAGAUUUCCCCUUUAGAACCUGUUCAUUCUGACAACACACCUUUGCCAGAGUCUAACUUGUUUGUACGUUGAAGUACUGUUAUUGCAGCUUCGUUACUUUGCAUUCCGUUGUGUGAUGUGCUACACUUGCUGUAAUAAAAACAAGAAUAGAUACA